ACACACUGAUAUUUCUCAGGUGGAAAAUCUGCACAAGGAAGCCUCGGAUACUGCGUUGGUCACCAGUCUACGUUACUUUUUCCGUGCUGGAAAAAUGGAAAGCGGAAACAAAAAGCUCAAAACAGCAUCCCCGCGAAAAAUGUCAAAGGAUCUUGGGAAAGCUCAAAGCAUGAGUUUUCCAGCCAAACUUUAUGGACAAAUACAGGUAAUGCAGCCUCGAGGCGACGAAAUCUGUGAGGGCUCUCUCGCACUGCUGAAAGCUCGUCUACUGAUAACGAAAAAUGGAAAGAAACAAGUCUCCAUUGAAGUGCUUCCAUCGGUAAUACACAUAAGGGAACGGAAGGUUGCGGAACCCAUUUUCACGCACUUCGUAAAUGACAUCACUUAUGUGUGGACCGAUAUAACAAAGAACGAUGUUUGCGGGCUAAUUGUGAAACAACCAAUUUCGGAUGAAAAUUCGUAUCUGUUUUUUGGUUACAAAAUGAAGAGCAACUCAACCAAACUAAUUGGAGCCUUGAAACACAUAUUAAUGGGGCACAUAUCUGCCCCGUUGGAUGUUAAAGCGGGAUCUGAAAACGAAACUCUGAUUGAAUCAGAACCAGGGAUUGGAGAUCUGUUGAAUCUGGAUGAAGUCGGUGCAGAUGUCGUGAAGCCAGUACCAGUUGGACCAUUAUUGAUUGCACCUCCAAAUCAGCUUGGAAUUCCUAAAAGUACACAGAACUGGACACGAUUCGACGAUGCGAGUGAUGUAGAGGAAUUCGGUCCGCCACAUGCCCCUACAGAUAACCCAUGGGAGACAUCUCAAUUUCCAGCCUCAACGCCUUCUGAAAAGUCACGAAGUAACAGUGAUGGUUCAUCACCCUUACCACCGUACAACCCACAUCCAACGACUUUACAACCACUUUGCCAACUAAUGUACAGUGGACUCUCUCCCUGGUGCAACUACAAUAAUCCGUAUCCAUGCCACAGUCCCACAUUUUGGCCUUCACAGACAUUUGGAACCGGUGCCAUUCCAUCCUGGUUGGAAUACGAGAAAUCAACCAUAGACUGGGUGUCUGGAAUGCACCAAGCUGGGAAAUCAAAAUA